AUGUCAAAGUACGUCGCUUCAGCCUGGAAAUCCGACCAGCAAAUCAACCGAUAUUCCUCUCUCAAUCGCCGCGCUGCUCCGGCCUCCUCCCUCUUCCAAGACUACCCCGGCUCACGACCGUCAUCCUCAUCCUCCACACAGCGACCGUCCAGUUAUGCGUACUCCCAGCCCUCCGCAUCCUCCUCGUCUCCCUACCUGAACCCACUCCCGAACUCAACCCCGUACAGCCACUCGAACGGCUCAACGACGCCCUCGGGCGGUGGUUUCCGCCCCGCAACACCGAAUUCAAAGGGCCAAUACUCCGCCUCCGUGCUCGAAGAACUCGAGUCCCAAAAUGAAAUCACCCAGACCACCCUCCUCAGCCAGAAGGUUUCGCAACUGAAAUCUCUCACCGUGGCUAUCGGCGAUGAAAUCAGAGACUCCAGCGCUCUGGCCAGCCAGAUUAACGACUCUUUCGAGAACACGGGUGUGAGGCUACGCGGCACGAUGCGACGGAUGCUGAGGAUGGCGGAACGGACAGGCGUAGGCUGGAGAGUCUGGCUACUGUUCUUCGUGGCCGUCUGGGCGCUCUUUGCGUGGGUUUGGCUGUUCUGA